GUUUGCCACUUCUGUAAGCAGACGGGAGCUACCGGGAAAGAACAACGAUAGCAGGACGUUUUAUCGUGCUCACAACGACCGUAACGAUACGAUAGAAGCAAGAAAACGAUAAAUUUGUGAUGGAUGCAACAGUAACGCCCAACGUGAACGACAGAGAGAAUGGAUCCGCUGACUUGAUAGCCAAAGGUUUGCUAAAGAUUAAAAGAAUUCGCGGACAAUCGACGAAAAAAGGAUCUUCCGAGCUUGAGAAAUAUGUGGAGGUUCUCGCUGUUGACACGAAAGAAGAUCUCAUUAAGCACGAAGCGGAGCUCGAGGAGCUUCGCGCAGAUCCUGCGCUUGACAUUCCCGCAGCCACAGUGGUUUCUGACGAUGAGUGGUUUUCCGUCAUCACUAGCCGUUUUGCCGAUUUUCUCGAGGAAUUCUACGAAUCUCGGCUGAAUGAGCCAUGUGUAUUAUCCGUGCCGGGAUUUUUCGUGCUGGCCGGCAAAGAGGUACUGGAGGAGGAGAACUCGCAGCAAACUGCAGGCAUCGUCAGAGACAUGAUGAUUCUGCAUCUCGGAGCGUUUCUCAGGUGUCUGCAACAUACCAACUGGCACUGGGCAUCGCUGAUGGAUGAUGAGGCGCUGAGGAAUUUUUUCCUGCGGGAUGUUGUGCCGAAUUGCCUCGAUGCGCAGUGUCGCGUGCUGAUGGCGCGAAUUAUGCUGAAACUGUUUGCCGUGGCUGUACGCGAAGGAGAUCCCACUUUGCGAGAACAGUUUAUGGCCUUAAUAGGCCAGCUGUGCCGACUGCCGGACUUUCCGGUCAUUUUUAUGUGGGUUUUUGUCCAGUUUCUGGACUACGACGAAAUUGUCCCUUAUAUGAGUGGUGGAAAUUGCCAGAUUACUUAUUACGAACGUGACAACGAGUUAUCGCUAUACGAGAUGAAUAUAAAGAACCUUAGUAUGCCUUCGCUUUUGCGAUUUCGUCCGGAACCGCGGGCCUUGAGAAACGGCGGAAGAAAUGGACUGGUUACAUGGCCACGACCGAAGAAAAAGUUUAAAGUGGUGACAGUAAGUCCUGCUGCAGCGCUGGCCAACCAGACAAUGGCAGUAGACGCACUGUGGUUAUGCUGUGAAUCGUUUCCGGCAAAAGAGGGAAUACCACUUAAUCCGGAGAAGUCGGCUGCACAGCCAUCUAGCACACCUAACACUGUGCAGGCACCGGACUCACCUCCACCUCCGCAAGAUGUUUCACCGGCUUCUCCUCCUCCAGAUGCUACUGGGUUGGCUUUGGAAAGCCCAGCUAGUCCUGACCUACCGGAGAUGCGAAAUUCGAAAAACACAGAUGAACAAGUUUCUGAUCGUUUUAAAGUGGAGUACAAGGAUUUUGUGAUGAGGAUAUCUGUGAUUCCUGAUUCGGAGAAUUCUGACAAGAAGGCACCAAGACUGGAAAAUGUUACUACGUAUUCAUAUUUAAAAAAGCGUCUGUAUUCUUUCGGUGGCUGGUGCUGGUUGGCCGCCUGCUUUAUUGAUACUUUUGAGCCGGAAGAGGCUGACAAAGUGAUAUGGUGGCCGGAAUUUCAGAGCGUGGCCUUUUUCAAUCGUAACGUGCAUAUUGUCAGUGCGUUUCGGAAGAAUCCGGUCUGGAUGAAGAUAGUCGAUAUGGCUGCAGGUCAUCCUCAUGGCUUUGUAUAUUUCUCGCCGAUUAUACGACCCGUUUUUAUAAGCUUGUAUAUCCAUUGGGAAACUAGUUUCGAAAGCGUUUCAUCCCGGCGAAAUGAGGCAGCGCUGCAGCAAACGGUUUGGUUACUCAAGUGUCUUUCCAAGAGCAAAAUGGUGCAUGAACCAUACUGUUUUAUUGGCAACGUGGUUCACCAUCUUCUACCUAACGAAGUCAGCUCUAUCUUAUCAUCUUUGUGGAAAGUCAUCAAGGUUUAUUUUCCCAAUCCGCAUCGUUUGCUCUCUAUACCGGAAUUCGAACAAGACAUGCGGGCUAAACAGAUGGCCGAAACCGAUUGCUUGCUCAAGAUCCGCGCCGUUAUAUUAUCUCAUUUACCCGCAGUUGGUGUGUUUGGUAAAAAGUUUUUCCUGCCUGCCCGUGUUCCACUGGAGGAAUCGCGUUGGUUUGAAUCGACACAAAGUCAAGAAACUACCAGCGCGCCCGCUCCCAUUAACGCGAGUCAUCUGGCCAAAGUGGAUUAAAGAUGUUUUCCGGAAAUAAUUUUUUCUGGAUGUCACUAGUACAAA